AUGACUGCUUCAUCAUCAGACACGACAUCAUCUCCUUCUCAUUCUCCUCAUCAGUUUGCCGCCUCCGGCCAAGAAACCAGCAAGCCUCGGGAUGAACAAGUAUUUCGCCAACAGUUCAGAAAGGGCAAGUAUGUUAGCCCAGUUUGGAAACCUAAUGAAAUGAUGUGGUUGGCGAGGGCUUGGAGGGUUCAGUAUCAAGGUGGAUCCGAAGAUUCGAUCCCUUCAAUAGAGGGUGCUGCAGCCUCUGUAGGUGACGUGGCAGCGGCGACGGGAAGGGGGAAAACACGAGCUGAUAAAGAUAAAAAAGUUGCAGAAUUUUUGAAUAGGCAUGGGGUGAAUAGGGAUGCCAAGACUGUCGGUACAAAAUAG